AUGGCUGCAAGGGCCAUCAAUGGCUGCGUCAAGUGUUGGGUUUCCAGCACGCUGGGACAGGCAUGGUGGAUACCAGCUACGGCGAGCAGCGAGGGUGAUAUCAGAAUAACUCUGAGUUUUCAUUCCGUCAGCCACUGGCUCUUGGACCGUUCGCACCUCGUCUCGUCUGAACUUUCCCCAAGAGACGGUCCCACCAUCUUGUUCCUCAACCACCUCCUCACUCUUCCCCAUCUCAUGAUGAAGACCAUUCUCCUGAUAGCGCUCGCCCUCAUCAAUGCGGUUGUGCAGGGCCAUCAAGCGGUGUCUUGCUUUGUGGACAUGUUAAAGCGGGCAUCCCAUUUGACUGAGGGCACUCAUCUGUGUAGUAAUGACUGGGUCUUUCAACAGGACAACGCUGCAGGUCACAACGCCCGCCUGACAAAGGACUUCUUCCAGGAGAAUAACGACACUCUUUUGGAUCAUCCUGCAUGUUCCCCUGAUCUAAUUCCCAUUGAGAACAUUCGUGGAUGGAUGAUUUCCUACCAUGGCAUUGAGGAGGGAGGGGAGAGUGAUGACUCGGAGGGUGAAAACCAAGAGCUGGCACAGAUUGACAGAGAGCGUCGCCGAAACUGCAUUUUGACCCCUCUCGCGACAAGCCAGCAGCACAAUCAGGGUGUGCUUUCUCCUUCCCACCUACGCCACCUUCGUUUCCUGCUGGACCCUACUCUGGACCACCACAGUUCUGAAGAGGUGCUAGAACGCUUUGCAGGAGCCACAUGGGCCGAAGGGGGCCGGAAAUGGCAACGUCAUGGAGACAUUAGCAGCGCUUCUAGUGAUGAGGAGGUGAAGGACCUGUGUGGGCAAAAUGAGCUGCCCGUUGGGGUUCGCUUGAUCGCCACCUCGCCUCGUCCUGCUCUAUUUAGGUCCUCCCCUCCUCGUGCUCUCAAACUGUCUCACACGCCGACCCGUCUGCCUGUCCGACCCAUCAUUCGCAGCCACUUUGAACAGCCUUCUAUGCCUUACUGGCGUAACCGGCCCGCUUACACUGAAGAACCUGGUCGGCCCAGCCUGGACCUGGAGAAGAUGCAGCAGAAAAUGCUUCUAAAAAAGAACUGUGGAGGGAAAACAAGGACCAUUAAGAUUCAGACUGUGGUAAGGCGCGUGAGGUGGAACGAGGCGGUGAGGGUGUGGAAGUCAGAAGCAUUCAUGUUGAAGUCCCCAAAGACUACAAGAGGGCCACCAUCCUCCGGGAAUGAUGAGAGGAGCACAUCUAACUCUUCAAUGAAGUUGUGAAGAGGACCUGGGGGGCGGUAAACUACAACAACGUUUGGCGGGAAGAGUGAGAGAAGAAGAAGUUUGUGGAGAGAGCAGCAGUUGUGGCUGAGUCUUCAGGACGAAACGAUGCCUCAGUAAGACCUAGAAUGUGAAUGUCAAACUGGCUGGCAAACACAUGGAUGAAGUCAGUCUUGUUCACAGCUGACUGCCAGUUCUAGAGACCAACAGAGUGAGACAGAGGUUUAGAAGGGGAGGUGUGAAUGGGACGCGCGUGAGAGUGAGCACGUCGUGCCUUGCAUCUUGAGUAAAAACACUGUCCGCGGUGGAUUACAGGAAUAAACUUGAAACACAUGAUGUUAGUAUAGAAUUAAAUAAAAAGCAAAGGUAAGUUAAAUAUACUUAUGUCUCUUGCUGGUGUCUUUGCUCGGUGGAGUCGCUCAGGUAGAGUUGCAGGUCUUUACUCUCGAUGGUCUUCACACGACGAUGGCUGCACAUGAAGAGGUCUGCACACGAGGGCUGACGCUUACAGCACCGCGCAGAGGCACUGCUUAAGUAUGUGUUAAGAUUAGCGCGAACAGAAUACAGCUGAAACACGCCUUCUCGAUUAGUAAAACAAAGCCUUGUAGUGAAUGGAUCAUUGAGAGGAAAGCUAUAAACCCCCUCACUCCCUUUUGUCCUGGUUUCUAGAUACCAUCAUCAAAAGACCAUAGCAAGCAUGGCUCCAUUUAGGUUUUGAACUCUCACCGAGAGUGUGAUAACCAUUUGGUUCCUCUGUAGGAUAUUUACGACUCCUUAGCUUCAAAGCAUUAGUGAUAAGUCUGUGUCUCAUCUCUAACUCAACAUCUGAGGCUAACCAGAGAAACUUCUCUGACAAAUAGGAUCUAAUGUGAUUGAAACUAGCCUUUUCUGUAAAUGUAUCUAAAUGUCUAGGUUGUGUGUUGGCGCUCGUGCCAUUUUAAAUAGUCUGUAACUGUUGAAUAUACAAGUUUUGAUUUGGGGUUCAUUUGAUGUAUUCAUACGUUGGGAUGAUUCACAGUUCAAUGCCUUGAAUGUGUCAUAUUUUACUACUCCUCUUUGAAUUCCCUAUAUGAUGAGCUAUGUUAUAAAAACAUAACAUGCAUCAUACUGUGUCCAUGACUAAGAUAGUAACUAAAGGUAUUAAAUGCUAACUGGCCAACACAGUCACAACUAUUCAAAUGAGGUGCCAUGAGAAACAAAGGAACUUUCUUUGUCCCACUUAUCAUUUUCAUGGAAUUGGCCCGCAGACCAUCUGCGGGCAGGGCAGGUAUGCAUUUAAAACACCAUCACCGAUCCACUUCGGAUUAUACCUUUUUGGAAUUAGGAAUUGGAAGGGAAAGAAAGAGGACGCGGAGGACAAUCCAACAGACUUGGCUUGUGGCUCCCCUCUGGGGAGUCCGAUUAGGCCAUGGAACUUCGGACUCAGAACCUAAACUUAGCGUUUCAACAGGACUGCAUUCUGAAACCAUUCAAGAUUUCCAUCCACGCGCAUACGGAUAUUGGUCCAACACCGAGAUUGCAAGUAUCUGUUUCUAAAUAUAGAGUAGCUGUGAAAGAGCUUUCCUCUUUGUUAAAGAUGAUUUUAUUGGUUUUCAGACAUGUUUUACCUGCCUCGCGGCCAUGCCCUCCCUCUCUCUCUCUCUCUCUCUCUCUCUGCGCUUCCUAGCCCAUUUUAGUUUCAUGUCUUAUGAAUUUGUUUGUGUUUAUGCGAUCAUCAUUUAUGUUACCAUGUACAAUAGUUUAAUAAAAACCAUGAAGGCA